GUAAUUCGGUGCAAAUUAAGGGGAGGUAACUUUCAACUAUUCUUUAUUGCUUAUCCUGUGUUUCAGUGUUUCAACUAAUGGAUAGAUGAAAUCGAAUUUAUAGAAUGGGAUAAAUACUGUUCCGUAUAAAUCCGGAGAAAUUUCGCCCACCAAUGAUGAUGGAAACUGAAAUGCAAUUUAAAAGAUAUCACAUCAGACAGGAUGAAGAGAGAAUGUCCAAACAAGCUUGCGAUGCAACGGAAUCCUGGACCAGACAUCCGCUGGAAGAAAAUCAAGCGAUGAAAGAUUUCCAGAGCACUUGCUUCUUCGGCAUUGAUAGCGGCCCAGCCUGUUACGCGGAGGUUGCUGAUUCGUCCACAACACUGACGGACAUUAUGGAUUGUAUCAACAAGGACAACGGCAACAAUGGGAGGAAAGAGACCAUUGUGGAUAACAGCCAAAUACGAACUGAAGAUGACCUCCGCUACAUCGCCACAAUAUUGUCUGGCGGUGGACAGGUACAGUUGUGGCAGUUUCUCCUAGAACUACUCAUCGACACAUCCAAUAGCGAUUGCAUCCGAUGGGAGGACUUAAACGGAGAGUUCCGAAUAGUCGAUCCGGAGGAAGUUGCCCGAAAAUGGGGUCGUCGUAAAAACAAGCCCAACAUGAAUUACGACAAGCUGAGCCGAGCACUGAGAUACUAUUACGAUAAGAUGAUUCUAAACAAAGUGCAGGGGAAACGAUACACUUACAAAUUCAAUUUCAGAAUAAUGAUUCAGAAUUUGAAAAACGUCUCUUCCAAGUCUCUUGAAGAGGACAUCUUGCCUUGUUAUUCUCCGUCUUGUGCGGUAUCGUCAAACUGUCUAUUUGGAAUGCCACCUGUAAAUGACCAGUAUUCUUCUGAAAGUUGUGGCCAUAUUGAGAACAGUAAAAAUCACCAGAUGCCAUUUUCUAUUCCGUUUCCAUUUCGGUGUUUUUCAUAUACAUGAACCGAACUAUGUCAUAAUGAAAAAAACUCAAAUCGUCCAUUGUUAUAGUCUGUUGUAUAGUCUGUUAGUUUUAUGUGUGAUUUAUACACUGUUAGCUGUUAUUUCUACGCUGCUCUUGAAUUUAUAUCCAAUAUGAAUACAUUAGACUCUCUGUGGCUUUGAAAAAUAAAGGAAAUAAUUUUUAUUACUUCUGCAACGAGAAAUAAUCAUAGACGUAAUGGUAUUGAUGUGGGGGUAUAACAUAUUUACAUUUACGAAUGUUUUUAAUUCCUGAUAAAAAAACAUUGCAACCUUUCAACUUGACAUAAAUCAUUUGCCUACAGAUUUAAAGAAACAAGUUGAAUUAUAGAUUAAAAAUAAAUGAAAUAAAUUUGA